UGUGUUUGUUUUGUUUUGAUGUUUUGUUGUGUUUUGUAUUUUUCCGGAAUGUUGUUUCCUAAUUGUUUUUGUAUUUUUCCAGAAUGUUUUGCUGAAAUUAUUUGUUCUGUUAUUCUUCUGUUUUUGUUUAAAUGACCUUAGAAUCUCGAUGACCUCAAAACUAUUUGGGAAAGGACAAAAGCAUUCCCGUUAAAAAAAUUAAAAAUUUAUGUACAUUCCAUUCUCCGUUUUAUUAAACUUUAUUAUAUUAAUUUUGAGUUUUGUUUGUGUGUGGUAAUUAAAAUAAUUAUUUUAAGAAAUAGGAAAAAAUGUUGAAAAAAUUUUUAUUUUUUGGUAUGCGAAGAAUUUUUAUUUUUAAAAAAUUUUAUUUUUUUUUAAUUAAAAAAAUAUUAUUUUAAAUCAUUUUAAUAAUUAAUUAAUUCUGAUAUUUUUAAUUAGUUGUUGUAAAUUAUUUCUGGAAAUGUUAUGUUUUUAUUCUGCUAUUUAAUUCUGGUUUGUGUUUUUUCCUGUGUUUGUGUUUGUUUGUGUUUUUGUUUGUUUUACUUUUAUGUUUUUCCGGAAGAUUGUAUUUUUAUUCUGAUGUGUUUUUGGUGAAGUUGUGUUUUUAUUCUGCUAUUUAAUUCUUGUUUGUGUUUCUUCUAUGUUUGUGUUUGUUGUUUUGUUUUAAUGUUGUGUUUUUCCGGAAGAUUGUGUUUUUGUGUUUUUAUUCUGAUGUGUUUUUUAAAAUUAUUUUAUGUAUUUUUUGUAGUUCUAAAUUGUAUUCUGAUUUGUAUUUUCCUUCCGGAACUGUUUGUGUUUUUUCGGAUUGUGUUUUAUUUUUUUCCGGAAGGUUCUGAGGUUGCGUUUUAUAUUAGUUUUAAAAACAUGUUUUACAUGUUUUUCUGACAAAUACAAAAACAUGUUUUCCGGAAGCAAAAACAUUAUUGUAUGUUGUAGUUGUUGCAAUAACGUUAUGCUUUUCGAGACGGGAGGUGCUGAGAUGUUUAAGGUUCGAAUCCUUUAGUGGGGUUAAUUAAUUUAAUUUUGUUAUAUUCUUCAUAAAUUUCCAAAUUAAAUUUAAAAAAAAUUAUUUUUCAAUUAAAAAAUUUUUUUGCUUCUAAUUGCCCUCGUAUUCUUCCCUAAAAUAUUUUUAUAACUUGAAACAGACGCCCACUACCACAACCAAAACCUUCUUUUUGUUACUCACUUCCGUCUCAAUCUCCAUCCAAUUCACCCUUUUAUUUUUAUUUAUUUUUUCCCUCAAUUUAUUUGUUAGGAAAGGCCAAACACACACAACAAAUCUGUUUUUGGCCAACUGCUUUCUCAAUAA